GUGGCUCCAGAAGUGAAUUUAUUGGUUAUAGCGCUCAUGUUACUAGGAUCACUGUUGAAAGGUAUUUUCAUGAUUGUAUGCUACAAAAGGGGAUCGGCAUCAUCAAAGGUGCUUGCCAUGGACAUGCGAAAUGACAUCUGUACAUCGAUUGUGGCCAUCACUUGUGCUACUAUCGGUGAUUAUUAUUGGCCAUACGCAGAUCCUAUUGGUGCCAUUAUAGUCUGCCGUAUAUUGAAAAUUGUCAUCGAACACGACGAACGAAUACGGGCUAUUGACCAUUUGAUGGUUUACCAUACCGGACUUCAAGCUACCGUUGAAUUGCACAUAGUUAUGGACGAGAAUCUUCCACUAAAGAUUACACACGACAUCUGUCAACCACUGGAAAAGAAACUACUGAAAUUGGACUUUGUCGAACGUGCAUUCGUCCAUUGUGACUACGAUUGUGAUGGAGAUUAG